CCAUACCGCCGCCGCCACCGCCACCGCCGCCGCCGCCGCCGCCGCCGCCGCAUUCCUUUCUUCUUCAGUUACCUAUACGUACACACCGCACACAUAUAUUCACGUUUAUAACAUAUAUUAUUACGAUAAUGUUUAUACCUGUACACCCCGUAUCACGUUAACGUUCCGAGUGCGAUAUAUAUACACAUAUGCGUGCGUGUAUAUACAUAUUAUAUUAUAUUAUUAUUACAUAUGUAUGAUAUGUAUAUGCGUGUAUAUCACGGUAUAAAUAUUUUUUUAUGACGGCAGACCGCGAUUAAGUCUGUUACGCGUGUUAUUUUGAUUUAAUAUUAUUAUUAUUAUUAUUAUUAUUAUUAUUAUUACUAUUAUUAUUACUCUUAUUAUUAUUAUUAUUAUUAUUAUUGUUGUUGGUCGUUACAAAUAAUAAUUACUAUAAUAUACGAUAUUACAAUUAAAUACUAUUACAACAUUAACAUUAAUAUUAUUAUAAUUUAUAAUAAUAAUAAUAACAACAGUCGUUUAGAGAAUGCGCGUUGUCGAUUAACUCCUACAAUCUAACAAACGGGCUUCCACCGAAACGACUCUGUGCCGUUAACGUACACAAACAGUAUACGACAACCAUAGCAGGACGUUGAUCAACCAUGUCGAUGAGCUAGUCAAACGACGCGCACACUACACUCGAUAUUAUGCAGCAAACGCAACAGCACUUCUCGGCCACCGAAUACGAACUGCAGCAGCAACAGCCACAGUACCUGGGUAAACACGAUGCUGCUGUCAAGUACAUGCAACAGCUCGGACUGCACAAGCAGAACAUUAAAGUCGAUUCCGAGAUAAGGCCUUGCUUAGUUGCUGACAAUGUGAUCAGCGACCAAAAUAGCAGUUGUGGCAGUCCACCCUUGUCCAUUGUAGUCAAUGGCGAUGAGCAACACAGUUCCAGUACACCUGUACCCACGUCCACAUCGGUAUCCCGAUCUAAACCUCAAGCUUGUCGCAUAUGUGGACGUGUUCUAGCAUCAACUUCAUCAUAUUAUGUACAUCUAAAAUCACAUUCAAACAACAAACCUUACCGUUGUACACAAUGUGAAGCCUGUUUUUGCCGCAAACCAUAUUUAGAAGUUCAUAUGAGAACUCAUACCGGUGAACGGCCUUAUCAAUGUAAUUUGUGCCUAAAGAAGUUUUCUCAAAAGAGUAGCCUAAACAUUCAUAAAAGAGUGCACACUGGCGAGCGUCCUUAUUCAUGUGACAUCUGCAAGAAAACAUUUGCAGUUAAAAGCUAUGUCAUUUCUCAUAAAUGGAGUCAUAUGACAGAAAAACCGUUUGUAUGUGAACAAUGUCAGCUAUCAUUUAACUCUAAGAUCCAAUUUGUAACGCACCUUAGAUCUCAUGACUUGGGACCAGCACAUUGUUGUCAAUUUUGUGGUAAAGCCUUUGUGAAAGGAUGCUUUUUAGUCAGACACAUCAAUAAAGUCCACCGAUUCAAUGUUGCUGCAGCAGCAGCAGCUACUGACCACGAGCCAGUACACAGUUCCUACAUGCAAUCAGACACCAACUAUUCUAGCAUAAGAUUUGAUCCUCGUGAAAUCAGCAUAUUGCCAACCACCAAGAACGGCCCUCGCUUCUUGGGGCCUCCACCGCAUAAUGCAGAUGGUCCACCACCUUUAACCCACCUAACACCCAUGAUGUUGGGUCCACCACAAAACACACGAGCCUAAACCUAUUUCUUCUAUGUUUAAUAAGUAGGUACUUCUAAAGAGUUAAAAAGUGUUAAUAGUCUUGUUUUAUUAGGUUAUAUAAAUUAGGUUUACUGUAAAACAUCUUUAUCAAACAUAGAUAGAUAUUAGUGACAUCAUCAUUGUUUCAUGAUAUUUGACCCAACAAAUUAAUUUAAUGGAAUCUUAAGUUAAAUUUUGUAUCAUUAAAAUAUUUGUAGAUAUAUUGUAUGGUAUUUGCAUAUUUUAUUAUGGUUUGACAAUUAUGUUUUAGACAUGGCAUAUUCACAUGCUCGUAUUUAAAAUAUCUAGUAGUUAUUGAGUUUAUUUAUUAUAUGCUUGGAUUCUAAAUAAAUUAACUAAAAAUGAAUUUCAUUUAAAAUAUAAUAUUGUAUGCAAUAUAAAUAACACUUGAACCAAAGUGAUGAUGUCAUUUUUAUAAAAUGUUUGUGCCUAGUCUUAAAAUAAUGUAGGCAUUGAUUUAUGAAAAGGAUAAAUAAUGUCAAUUUAUGUAUAAAUUAUAUCAUUUUUUUUUGUAAUCCCAGUUUUUUAGUUGUGAAAUUUCAUUUAAUUUUAUAAUACCGGGUUGGUUUAUUACAAAAUCACUAUAUUCCUAUCUGUUCUUGCCGUUGCCUCAUAAAAGGCAUUUUAUGUACAAAAUUAUGCCAUAACUAUGCAUAAUAAUAAGAAAACCUUUAAAAAGUUUAACUACCAAACUAAUUUACCUAUACUUAAUUGUAAUCAAUUACAGCUAAGUAUUCUUUUUUAAAUAUAUUUUUAUAUUUAUUUUGAGAAAGUUAACUCAUGUUGCACAGGAUUAGAGGCCUAGAUCAAUAAUUAUUAAUUAUAAUUACUAUUUACUAUGAACAAACUCAACAGUCAACACAGAUUAAGUAUAUUUUUAUAUGUUGAAAGUUAAAUUGUCCUAGUAAUUUCACGUAAGAAUCAGUAAAGAACACAUAAAAUUAAAAAAAAAAAAAAAAGGGAAUAAUUUAUAAUAUUAUUUUAAGUAUAAAUGUUUACUAGGUUCCUGAUAAAAUUAAUACUUUUAAAGAUAAUUAUUAUUUUUUAAAUGUUAGUAGGAUUCAAAUUAAGUUAUUGGUAAUAAUUAUACGUCAAGAAUGUAGGAAUUGUGUAUAAUAAUGUAAACAUUGUGUAGUUAUUAUUAAUAAAAAAAUACGAGUGCGUUUAAGCAUGCACAAAAUGGUUAAAACCGUUUCAUUAAAAGGCUUUGUAAAUUUUAUGCAAUAUUUACUAUUAUUUUACUGUCUAAAUGUAUACAUUAUACGACAUAGGCUUGUGUGCGAUUUUUUUUAUGUAUGUAUAAACCAUUAUAUUUAUACAAAUAUAUUAUUAUUAUAUAAUAUAUAUUAUAGAUCUAGAGUUGCAGACUAGAAUUGUUGUUUUACUCUUUCAUAAAUUAUUAUAUUGUUUGUGAAUUAAUAACCAGAGGAAUAGGGCACGAAAGAGUUUGCCGAUAUUUGUACAUUUGCAGCAAAUCGUUGUUAAAGAUUUAACUAACUCUAAAAUAAUAUAAUGUAUAUUCGUAUAAGGUUUUUUUUUUCUUUAAUCUAAAUGUAUGAUAUCUUAGGGUGACUACGUAAUUUAUUAACCAGAAACUGUUGAAAUGUGUUUAUAUUAUUUCAUUAAGUUAAUGUUAAACUACUGUAUAAAUCAUGUCUGGUGUAUGUGUAUAAAGUAAAAAAAAAAAACUUAACCUAAAAUUAUUAUAAAUAUAUUUUCGUUGUUUUUCAUAUCAUAAUUUUAAAUUAGUACUGUUUGUCUGGUUUUUUUUUUUUAUUAACAACGUAAUUAAGAAUGUGAAUUUUGUUCUGUAUAAUAAAUAUUUUUCAUACGAAAGGAUUAAGUACAUAGUACUGGGUUAUCUUAGUUCCUCAAAAUUGAUUUAUUGAUUAUGAUUUCCAAGGAUGUGUGUAUAAAUCAGUUUUUGAUAAAGUCGAGUCUUUUUAAAGUCUGCGUACAGUGUACUAAAAUCUAUAAAAAUAUAAAUAAGUCUAGAGCAUAUUUUUGGCACCUUGGUGGCGUGUUAUGAUUAUAAUUUUUUUUUUUUAUAUAAUACCGCUGCCGAUGCGUCUGCGUGUAGUAAAUAAGACAACAAAUUAAAUAUGCCUACAUUAUGAACAAAUAUUUAAAUUAUGUUUUAAUAACUUGUAUUAUACAAUAUUUUUUAGUUUAAGAAUCGAAUCUAAUAUUUCUUACUUUUGUAAAAAUUACCCUUUUUUUUUUAAUUAUUAUAUACUAUUAUGUGACUCAUA